GUAUGAAAUUCUCCUAACUCUUAUCCGCUGAUUUUACAACCACUGUCCUACUCACGGUUAUCGUUCUCGUAUACAAUACAUCGACGUCUAAGGCUAUCUCCACUAGUCACCCCAUUAUCCAAUCCCAAGGAUAUCAAGCUAUGGGAGAUAUGAGUGAUCCUGUUCUUGCUUCUAUUGCUGAGACCAAGGCCAAAUAUGUGCGUCUUGGAAAAAGUGGACUGCGUGUUUCUGUGCCAAUCUUGGGGGCAAUGUCAUUGGGUCAUAAAGACUGGCAGCCCUGGGUGAUUGAAGAAGAGGAAGCCCUAAUCAUCCUCAAGGCAGCGUAUGACCGUGGGGUUAACACUUGGAAUACUGCGAAUGUGUACAGCAAUGGCAUCAGCGAGGAAAUUAUUGGCAAGGCCAUUAGAAAUUUUCAAAUUCCCCGUGAGAAGCUGGUUAUCAUGACCCAAUGCUCUAGUUGGGUUGGUGACUCCCCCAAAUCUCGGGCUUGGUUGUACAGAGAGAAAUGCGCAGCGAGUAAGGAUUUCGUUAAUCAGGGCGGACUUUCAAGAAAAGCUCUGUUCUCAGCUGUUGAAGCAAGCCUUCAGCGUCUGGGUGUCGAAUACAUCGACUUGCUCCAAAUCCAUCGCUUUGAUUAUAACACGCCGGUUGAAGAGGUUAUGGAAGCAUUGCAUGAUCUUAUUAAAAGUGGCAAAGUACGGUAUAUUGGGGCUUCCAGUAUGUGGACAUACCAAUUUGCAAUGAUGCAGCACUGCGCGGAGACAAAUGGAUGGACAAAAUUCAUUAGCAUGCAGAAUCACUAUAACCUACUUUACCGAGAAGAAGAGCGAGAAAUGAACAAAUUCUGCAACGAGACCGGCGUCGGUCUCGUUCCAUGGGCGCCUCUUUGCAGAGGCUACCUUGCGCGACCAGUCGCAUCACCACAACCCUCAGAUCGCGCUGCAGCGGAACAGAAGAUGGGGCGGAUCCUCUCCGUUGGGCACACGGAGACUGACCAUGCUAUUAUCAAUCGAGUGGAGGAGAUAGCACAGAAGCGAGGAUGGAAAAUGAGUACCGUCGCUUUGGCGUGGAUUACCAAGCGAGUCUCGAGUCCAAUCAUUGGAUUCAGUACCGUUGAGAGGAUUGAUGAAGCUCUAUCCGCCAAAGAUAAAAAGUUGACAGCGGAAGAAGAGGAGUACCUCGAAGAGUUAUACGAAAGUAGGGCUGUUCAAGGACACUUCUAGUGGUGAAGUAAUAGCCACAUAUCGCAUUGCCCUAAGACGUGACUACAUAUAAUUAUGAUUAUUAUCUGAAACAUUUCAAAAACUUGUAAAUAACUUGU